GGAAGCUGCUGCCCCGCGAGUAGAGCCCGGCCUGUGCUGGGGUUGGCCCCACUUGCCCGCCCGGCUCUGAGCGAUGAGCGAGCAGGAUGACGACAAGUCAGGACUGAGGCUGGAGGCUGCGAUCCAGAAACUGGAGGACACGGUUCUUAACCCAGAGGCCAGCAAGGAGGACAAGACUCUGACUGUGCGCGGAGAGGGGGACCGAGCUGCUCCCACACCAGUCCCAGCCAGGAUCCGGCAGAUCAUCACACAGAGCCUGGCAGAAGAAUCAUCCCAAGCUGCAUGGGAGACAACCUCAUUGGCCAACAUGCAAGAAGAAAACCGACUGCUGCAGAGGGAGCUCUCCCGCCUUGAAGACCUGCUGGCGCAUACACGGGCAGAGAGGGAUGAGCUGGCAAGCAAGCACCAUGCUGUCAGUGAACGGCUGGAGAGGGCACUGCACGUGGAAGCAGCCCAGCGUGAGGGGGAUGGCAGCCCCGCACUUGCAGAGCUGAGGCGGAAAUUUGAGAAUGAUGAGAAGGCCUACAGGUGCAAGCUGCAGGCCUACCAGGACGGGCAGCAGCGCCAGGCCCAGCUGGUCCAGAAGCUGCAAAACAAGGUUCUUCAGUACAAGAAAAGAUGCGGGGACCUACAGCAGCAGCUGCUGGAGAAAACAUCUGAAUCCGAGCAUCAAAAACAUCUGACACGGCUGGAGUCUACAACAUCCCUCCUGUGCCACUCAGAGCAUGACUAUGGUACCGACUUGGAGAGCACCCUGACCCGCCUGGAGGAAGAGCAGCAGAGGAGCACCAGCCUCUCCCAGCUGAACACCUUGCUGCGGGAACAGCUGGACCAGAUGAAAUCCUCCAACCAGCGGCUGGCAGGAGAGCUGGAGAGGGCGAUGGCAGAUGUGCACUGGCUGAAAGGCGAGCUGGAGCGGAAGGAGUCCCAGUGGUGCCACAGUAGAGAGAGCUACGGCACAUACCUGAGCCAUGAGCACAGUGGAAUCCUCCUACUCUGGCGCCAGGCAGCCACAUUGCGCAGCAAUUUUGCAGAGCUGCAGGCGACGGCAGAGAGAGGCCUGACUGAGGCCAAGAUGGACAUGGCAAGGACUGCACGCCGCCUCCAGACUGCCUGCCUGAACCUGGACUCAAAUCUGCGCCUAUCUGAGAACAGUGCUGCCUGCUCACUGGAGAAACAGGCAUUGCAGGGGGCACGGCUGGAGCAGCAGCUCCGGGAGAAGGUCCGGGAGAUGAUCCAGCUCCAGAGCCGCUGGGAUGGAGAAAAAGUAGAGCUGAACUCCAGGAUAACAGAGCUGAGUGUUUUGGCAGAGGAACUUAAAGACAAGAAUGCAAAGAAAGAGAAGACCAUCUCUGCCCUAAAACUGGAUAUUCAGAAACUGGAAGCUGCUAAAACUGGAGACCUGCUGGAGGUGAAGGACCUGAAAGGCGAAAGUGAAUCGCUUCAACGAAUCUUGAACAGCAUCACUCAGCUGGCUCUGGCUGAUGCAGAGAGUGCAGGACCCCUCUCACCGGGCAGCUUAAGGGUAAUGGUCGAAGAAGACCUUGGCAGACCACGCUCCCCUUUGCACUCCAGCUCCCCACAGCGCCGGCGGGUAUCGCCAUCCCAUGUGUCCUCCCCAUUGCGCCAGGACACAGUCCUGCAGGCCGUGCAGGGUGCCCUUCAGAAGCGGCAGCAGCGCGAGCAGGAGCUGCGUUUACAGCUGGAGUCUGCCCGGGACAUGCUAGGGGCUGGCAGGAAGCAGCUGUUCGACUGCCAACAAGAGGCACAGGUGGCAGAGCAACGACUGAAGGAGAAGAGGCAGGAGCAGGAGGAGCUGACAGGAGCCCUAGAAGACUGCAGAAGGGAUCUGCAGCACUACAAAGCCUCUGCAGAGAUUCUUGGCAGGGAGAAGGAGACCUUGGAGAUGACAGUUGGAGGUCUGAGUGAGCAGGUGGACUCCUCCCGGCUGGAAGUGGAGAAGCUGAAGACAGUGAAUGUGGAACUGCAGAGGCAGCAAAACAUCAUGGAGGAGCAGAAGGAGGAUCUGGCCAAGGAACGGGAGCGAUCAAGGAAGGAACUGGAGCGAGGGCAAAGAUCUUUAGAACAGCUAGAGGAGAAGACCUCAGCCUUGAAGAAGGAAUUGGUGAUGGUAAAGGAAUCCUUGAACCAGGCCACACUGGAGAAGGAAGUGCUGGAGAGUGAAAAGGAAGGCUUAAGCAGUGCACUAUCUAAAGCAGAGACCAAUUGUGCAGAGCUGGAGCUGGCUCUCAACAAGAUGAAGUCGGAGAAUUCUGACCUGAAGGACUCACUGGGCAAGACAGCAGCCCUCAUGGAAGGUCUGGCCCAGGACAAGAUCAGCCUCAACUGCACAAUUCUGCAGCUGGAAGAAGAGAAGAGUGCACUGCUGGACUGGAGGCAGGAGCUGGAGCAGGAGCGAGCCAGUUUGCGAGAGCAGCUGGCACAGCAGGAACAGGAGAUGGCACACACAAGUGUGGCAAGGAGGGGGCUGGAGCAGAGCUUCCAGGUAGCGGAGGAGAGAUGGGCGCGGCUGGAGGACAAAGUGGCAGUGCUGCACAGAGACAAGGCCCAGCUGCGGGAGCACCUGCUGCAGGUCAGCAGCCAGAAGCAGGAUCUGGGAGAGCAGCUGGCCCAGAGCCGCCAGGAGACAGAGGCACAGGCUAAUGCCCUGCUCCGUGCCCUUCAGGAGAAGGAGGAGCUCACCAAGGAGAAGGGCCGGCUGGCCGUGGAGCUCACGGUGCUGGAGCGCCAGAGGAAGGGCCUUCUGGAGGAGGCAGACACACUCAGAGCUGAAAAGGAUGAGCUGGAAAACAGUCUUUUUGAAAUGCAAGAGCUCGCAGCACAGCUGGAGGCCCAAAAGGAGCUGCUGGAAGCGGAGAAGCAAAGCACAACUGAAGCCAAGCAGGCUCUCCAAGUGGAGGUGGAAAAGGCACGGCAUGAGCUGGAGCUUCAGGACACCAGGCUGAAGCAAGAUGUGGAGUCUCUAAAGCAGCAGCUGGCCCAGAUGGAGGUGGAGACCCAGCGGUCCCUUCAGAAUCAGAAGCUGGCCCAUGAGGAGAACUUGGGGCGUCUGAAGCAGGAGAAGGAGAGCCUAUGCCUGGCACUGAGGGAGGAGAAAGAGGAGGCCAUGAACCUCCUGCAGCAGGAAAAGCAGAAAUUGGUAUCAAAGUAUGAGGAAGAGAAAGAGGAGCUGACUGAGGAGUUGCUGAGUUUGCAGCAGGAACGGGAUGAAAGCCUCCUUCUUCUGGAGAAUGACAAGCAGAAGGCUUUGUCCCUGAAGGAAGCGGAGAAGAAUCUCCUAUCAGAAAAACUCAGUGAGGUCCAGCGGGAGCUUGCAAACACCAAGAUGGAGAUCGACCGGGUCAAGCUGGAGGCUCUGAACCGCCAAGAGCAGGAUAAGAACACAGUAGCCAGCAUCACGAAUGAGCUGCAGACCUUCCAGGCCCAGUUUGAAGAUGCAGUGGCUGCCCACCAGAAGGAGACCAAGAGCUUGAACAAGCGCAUCAAGGAGCUGGCAAAGGAAAAGGACGCUGUGGCCAGAGAGGCAGACCAGCUUCAGACACAGCUGCAGCUGGUGGAGGAUGCCCACAGUGGGGUGCGCCAGGAGCUGAUCGAGAUGCACCGCCAGCUGCGGGAGGGUGAGGAGGCCCGUGAGCGUCAGCGCCAGGAGAUGCUGGGCAUCCGCAGGGCCAUGGGGGACGAGACCAGGGAGAAGGAAGCACUGCAGAAAUCCAACACUGAGCUCCGGGCUGUUAUAAAGAAGACGGAAAGUGAAAGGAUUAGCUUUAAGAGAGCCAAAGAGGAGAAGGAGCAGAAGAUUGCCAUCCUGGAGGAAGCAAAGGCUUCGUCUCAGCAAGAGGUGGGAGAGCUGAGAGCAAACCUGCGCGAGGUGGAGAAGGCACGGAUGAUGGCCCGGCGGGAGCUGCAAGAACUGCGCAGGCAGGUGAAGACUCUGGGGAGUGAGAAUAGCAAGAAGAGCAAAGAGGUGAGCGAACUGCAGGCCCGGAUCCUGCAGGAGGAGCAGCGUGAACAGCUGAGCCGCCGGGAGGCCCUGGAGCUGAAGCAGAGGAUCACAGAGCUGGAGACCAGCCAGGACCACGCACGCAAGGAGGUGCUGAGCCUGCAGAGGAAACUGACUGAGGUGGAGGCAGAAACCAGAGCCACAGAAAAGGAGCUGGUUGACAGCCUGGCGGAGAGUCACAGCAAUGAGAAGAAGCUCCGGGAUGAGCUCCACAACCUGGAGAUGAAGAUGCAGCAGGCCAGUGGGGUGGGUGAGGGCCUCCAGCUGCGCCUCAGCACUGCCGAGGGGCGCCUGCAUGGCUUGGAAGCAGAGCUGGUCAAGGCAGAGGCUGCCAGGAGAGAGGCAGAGUCCAAGCUGGGGGCACUGCACUCAGCUCUACGUCGGACCCUGGGACUGGGCAGGAGGAGCCCCUCUCCACAGAGACCCUGCUCCCCUUCCAAAGGACCUGAUGGGCAAGGGACUCCAGGCUCCCGCACCAGCUCUCCAGAGAGGAGCUGUUCCCACUCCCCCUGCAGGUGGACCUCGCCUUCCAGAGUGAGUGUGAGUGAGAUUGACCCUGAAGUUGUCCGGGACACCUUAAGAGGUUUCCUACAGGAGCUACGGGACACUCAAAGAGAAAGGGAUGACUUAAGGAUCCAGCUGAUGAACAUGAGCCAUCAGCUGAAUGAAAUAGAGAGUGACCGGGACCGGACCAGUAGUCGCAUCCUGCAACUGCAGAGGUUGCUAGCAGACUCAGAAGAAGGGAAGCGAGGCACUGACGAACGCCUGAGCAGCACGCAGACAGCCCUGAUUCUGCAGGAAGAGACUGUCCGGAGGACAGAGAGGGAGAGCCAAGCCUUGGCAGAGCGGAUAGCCACUUUAGAGUGCAGCUUGCAUGCCUGUCAGGAAAAGAACAGGGAGCUUCAGGAGAAAGCUUCUGAGCUGAAAGCCAAGGAGGCCAAGCUGGAGACAGACAAGUGGAAGCUGAAGAAGGUCCUAGAGGCUGCCGAGAACAGGGCCAGCAAACUGGAGCUGAGCCGUCACGCUGUGGAAGGGGAGCUACAGCGUGCCCAGCUCAGCCUGACAGACCGAGAUACCGAGAUCCAGUCCCUGCAGGAGCAGGUCCAGGUCCUUCGCUGCCAGCUGGGGGACAGUGAGAGCAAAGCAGCCCAGCUACAACGGGAGCUGGGUCGCCUGGACUUCUCGCGAGCCAGGACAGAGGACAUGGAGAGCCACCUCAAGGACAAGGUGCAGAGCCUUUCCCAGGCCCUGACAGAUGCCUCUGCGGGAUCCUCAGCCCUUCAAGAGAAUGUUUCUCAGCUGCAGAAGGCUCUGACAGCAGCAGAGCAGGACCGCCGGGUGCUUCAGGAACGCUUGGACUCCAUGCGGCAGGCCCUGGCAGACAGCAAAAGACAGAACCACAGCCUGACAGAUACUGUGCACAUGCUGCAGGACCAGCUGGGAGAGCUGGAACUGAGGUGCAGAGAGCUGGAUGCCCAGGUCGAGCACCUCCAGGAGAUAGUUCAUCGCCAUCAGCAGAGUGAACAGGAGGCUGUAGUAUCACUGCAGGACAUGCAGGAUGAGAAUCGCAUUCUCCAGGAGAGGCUGACAAUGUUGCAGCGAACCACAGUCCACUUAGAAAAAGAGAACAAGGAGAUGGAGCGAUCGGCCUUCCAGCUGGAGAAAGAUAACUCUGUUCUGAAGAAGACCCUAGACAAGGCCCAGAUCACAGAGCUGGAGCGGGCACAUGCCCAGCGCCUGAUGGAGCUGACUUCACGGCAUCGGCUGGAUCUGAAUCUGGAGGCAGAGAGGCUGCGCAGCACUCAGGUGCAGGCCGAACGGACACUGGAAUCCCGAGAGAGAGCACAUGUGCAGCGAGUCAAGGCCUUAGAGGAGCAGGUGAACUUGUUGAAAGAGCAGCUGGACCAAGAAGUGCGGAAGAGAUCCUACAUCACUCAGGUGCUCCGGACAGGGAAAUGAUUUCAAAAUAACCUUUUCGCCCUUGCCCCUACCUUGGUAUGACAGCAUGGAGAGCCAGCUUUCAACAGCAAUGCUGCAGCCUGACAGACUGGACUCAUAUGCCUCCUCCUUCUCCAGGAUACUCAACAGAGCCAUAGUCAAAAAUGCCAUAAUCCUGAGACACUGGUGCUGGGAGAAUUUUUGAGGGGAACCCACAUGGUGCUAGCGGAUGGAGCAAUCAGGACCACAGACAUCAGAGAGCCAAAAGGAAGCUCUGGGGCAAGGACAGCUGUUCUCUCAGUGAUAACUGAAUCCCAGGGCACUGAUGCAGCUUAACCAAUUAAUUUAGGCCAUUUGGCAAUGAGGGACUGCUUUGUUGUUAGAGUUACCAA